AUUGAAAUGAUAGCAUUUACAGUAAUUCACAACCACAUUAUCUCUAUCAGAGGUUUUCUUCAACCACACAACUUACUGAAGCAGCAUUUUCCAUCGUAAUGGCUCUUAGGAAUCUCCUUAAACAUUGUUGGGUGUUUUUCCUAGGUUUUUUUAUAGCCAUCGUACUUCAAAUCAUCUUCUUCUCGCCAAUAUCUCCAGACUUGCUUGAACUGCCUCUGGCUUCUCCAGUUUCUGUUUCUCCGCCAAAUAACCGGUUGCAGAGGGUGACUAAACUUGGAGAAGGAUUAUUGAAAGGCCCGGAGGACGUAGCUGUGGAUGAAAAUGGUAUGUUGUAUGCAGCAACCAGAGACGGCUGGAUUAGAAGAUUGCAUAGAAAUGGUUCCUGGGAGAACUGGAAGAAAGUGCACGGCGAAACUUUGCUUGGAAUCACAACAGCGAAAGGAGGUGGUCUUAUUGUCUGUGAUACCGAGAAGGGCUUGCUUAAGUUUACCGAAGAUGGUAUAGCAGUUCUUGUAUCACAUUUCGAUGGAUCCGAAAUAAGGUUUGCAGAUGAUGUGAUUGAAGCAUCAGAUGGUAGUCUAUAUUUCAGUGUAGCAAGCACCAAAUUUCAACUCAGUAACUGGUAUCUGGACGUGCUCGAGGCAAAACCUCAUGGGCAGCUGCUUAAGUUUGACCCAUCAACGGAGGAGACGUUCAUUUUGCUAGAUGGUUUGUGCUUUCCCAACGGUGUUGCACUCUCAAAAGAUGAAGAUUAUCUCGUGGUGUGUGAAACAUGGAGAUUCAGGUGCCUCAAAUACUGGUUGAAGGGUGAGACUAAAGGACAAACUGAGAUUUUUGUUGACAACCUUCCCGGUGGACCUGAUAACAUCAACCUAGCCCCGGAUGGUUCUUUCUGGAUCGCCUUACUCCAUGUAUUCAAACUCAUGCAAAUAUACUUGACUUCUGAAGGAAUGGAGUUUGUGCACACCUCCAAGGCUUUGAAACAGAUUCUAGCAAAUUUUCCGAAACUGACCGAACUAGUAAAUGGAACAAGGAAAAAGGCAACAGUUAUCAAUGUGGGUGUUGAUGGCAACAUUAUCAAGAGGUUCGAUGAUCCUAAUGGAACAGUUAUAUCUUUUGUGACAACAGCUUUGGAGUUUGAAGACCAUCUUUACUUGGGUAGUCUCAACUCCGAUUUUGUCGGGAAGCUGCCACUGAAAUGAUUUACAGUAAUGGGAUGCAAAGGAGAAUAAAAAAUGUCAGCCAGGGACAUCCAGGUCUAAGCUUAAUUUGUAUGAGAUUGAAGGCGAAUAAAAGCUCUUAAGAAUUUUGGAUACAUACCCUGUAGUAGGAUGCAACUACCAAAUAACAAUGUAUAUUCUUUUGUUGCACAAUUAUCAAUUACGUUGUUAAUUUUAUGUUGUUUACUGUAAAAUUUGACAUAAUUAAGUCAAUUUUCAAAACUUAAACCAUUUAAAUGGAUGCAAAC